UCAGGGGCCUCUCUUCCCGCAAGUUCUUUCAGCCCUGAGUCGCCUCAACGUUUUCUCUUAGGUACCACCGUAUCCACUCAGCCAACGCCUCUUAUUCUUCCCUCCACCUUAGCUUCGACACACAAUAUCUCUUCUGGACGUACCAAGUCCAUCAUCGAGUCAGGGCCGAGGAGUAGUAUUCUCGGUCUUUCCAGUUCUAGCACUUUGGGUGAACAAAUCAAUCGGUUCGUAGUUUUGGAGUAUUAA